AUGAGUAAAAUUCCAAAAAAACAAAUUCAACAAAAGACUAGUUUUUUUACAGAAAAGUCUAGUAAAAAAGAUAUUGAAGAUGAAGAGGAUGAAGAAAAUGAAAAAAACAUGCUGAAAAAACUCAAAAAAAACAAAGAGAAAAAAUCUAAAAAAAUUCUUUAAUCAGAUUCUGAUUCUGACCAAAUGAACAAUGAGCAAACUAGAAUUUUUAUAAAAAAGAAAAAAGUCGAAGAGUAAAAAAUGCCUUAAGAAGAGACACAAAUAAGUGCUAAUAAUUACAAAAAUGAUAGUAGAAAAAUCAUAUAUGUUCCUCCUUUAAAUAUAAAUAUGAAAUGGAAUUAAUUAAGAAAUUCUAAUUGUUCUCAUGAAGAAUAUUAAAAAUGGGAAGAAUCAUUGAAAAAAAGUGAAGCUUUUGACAUAAAAGAUAUUAAAGAAACAAUUAUAUAAAGACUCGUAAAUUGCAAAAUAAAGGGAUUUUAAAGUAAGGAAUAAUUACUAUAAAAGGGAAUUUAAGAAAUAAUUGAAUAAAAUCCUUAAAUUAAUGAUAUAGAAUAUGAAUUAGAUGAAGCUUCAUUAGAAGAGUUCAGAAAUGACUAAUUUAAUUUAUUAGAAAAAUUAAUGAGUGAAAAUAACUUAAUUGCCACUGAUUUAUUAAGCUAAAAUAAUUUAUAAAAUAUUGAAAACUUAGAUCAGGCAAUAAUUGAAAUAGAGGAAAAUUAUUAUAAUAGCAAAAAUAGUGUAUAAAAAUAAUUCGAAAUAUACGAAAAAGAAGAAAAUAGUAUAAAAAAAUAUACUUAAGAUUGCUCAUUAAUCACUAUGAGGGUAAAAUCGCUUCUUUUAGAUAUUAAAUCUGACGAAUUGUUUACUGAUAGUAUUGAAAAUACUGAUAAAUUAGAUGAAUAAACUACAUUUUAACUUGUAGAGUUGACUGCUUAUAUUAUGAAUAAUGUCCAUUAUUUUUAAAAAUUUAAUUUAAAAUGCGAUUUGUUACACCCUUUAGAUCUUUAAUAUGUUAUAGAUAAGUUUUUGAAUAAUAUUUAAAAAUAAAAUAAAUGA